AGAGCCAAUCCAAGGGCCGCUGUCACUGUUAUGGUCCUGUCAGGGCGCCGGCGUCGUGGUGCUUGGGCGGUCGCCACCUAAAGGACUUCGGUGGGGCAGUCUCGGGGGCAGCUCGUCUCCGGCCUCGCUCCCAGCCUGCUCCUCCCGGCUCGCGGGCCUCACCGUAAGGCGCGCGUGCGGGCCGGUGCCGCGGCCGCCUUGGGGCCUAGGCCCAGCCGCAGAGGGGCCGCGAGAUGCAGCCGCCGGGCCCGCCCCCGGCGUAUUCCCCUACGAACGGGGACUUCACCUUUGUCUCUUCGGCAGACGCGGAAGAUCUCAGUGGUUCAAUAGCAUCCCCAGAUGUCAAAUUAAACCUUGGUGGAGAUUUUAUUAAAGAAUCUACAGCUACUACAUUUCUGAGACAAAGAGGAUAUGGCUGGCUUUUGGAAGUUGAAGAUGAUGAUCCUGAAGAUAACAAGCCACUCUUGGAGGAAUUGGAUAUCGAUCUAAAGGAUAUUUACUACAAAAUCCGGUGUGUUUUGAUGCCAAUGCCAUCACUUGGUUUUAAUAGACAAGUGGUGAGGGACAAUCCUGACUUUUGGGGUCCUCUGGCUAUUGUUCUUUUCUUUUCCAUGAUAUCAUUAUAUGGACAGUUUAGGGUGGUCUCAUGGAUUAUAACCAUUUGGAUAUUUGGUUCCCUAACAAUUUUCUUACUGGCCAGAGUUCUUGGUGGAGAAGUUGCAUAUGGCCAAGUUCUUGGAGUUAUAGGAUAUUCACUACUUCCUCUCAUUGUAAUAGCCCCUAUACUUUUGGUGGUUGGAUCAUUUGAAGUGGUAUCUACACUUAUAAAACUGUUUGGUGUGUUUUGGGCUGCCUACAGUGCUGCUUCAUUGUUAGUGGGUGAAGAAUUCAAGACCAAAAAGCCUCUCCUGAUUUAUCCAAUCUUUUUACUAUACAUUUAUUUUUUGUCCUUAUAUACUGGGGUGUGAUCUAAGUCAUAUAUGAGUAGAAAAAGACAAUGUUACAUUUGUGUGUAGUCUGGGAAUUCUUGCUGAGGUGAUUGCAGAAAACCUGUUGCUGAUAAAAUUUUACAUGUUCUACAUGUAAAGGCAGGUUUGAGGUCUUUUUAAAACCAUAUUUUUGGUAUUUAAGCAUUUGCAGUUAUCUGGAUUUUUUUUUUUUUUUUGGUCAGAAUUCCAAAUUCUGUUUGAUUCUUCAUAUUCCAGUGAAUAAAGUAUAAAAGCAUUGUGUUUUUAA